AUGAGUAGCAUUCCUGCAAAAUUGUUGGUCACAAUUUUGUACAUCUUCUUGGUGUCUCUUCCUGUGCACAUGUCACCACAUCAUGUUAACACAGACACAAAGAAUCUCAGAAGAAGUAGUAGCAGUGGCCACAGGAGCAAAGGUACUGGUAGUGGUGGUGGCUCAGCCAAAGGUUGCAACCACAGCAACACCACCCCAUGUAAAAAAUCUACUACCAUUCAAGCAGUUCCAGCUUCACCCCCUCUUGUUUUUGCAGACCAAAGACUUCAAGUAGUGUAUCCAGUAAUCCAAAAGUUCAAAUCUUCCAUCACUUCUGAUCCUCUGGGGGUGACCAACACUUGGGUUGGAUCAGACAUAUGCAGCUAUAGAGGCUUCUACUGUGACACUCCUCCUGACAACACUUCUGCCACUGCUUUGGCCUCUGUUGACUUCAAUGGUUUUCAGCUUGCUGCUUCCACCCUUGAUGGCUUCAUUGAUAACCUCCCUGACAUUGCUCUCUUCCAUGCCAAUUCCAACAGUUUUGGUGGCACAAUCUCACCCCAAAUAGCCAAACUCCCUUACCUAUAUGAGCUUGAUGUUAGCAACAAUCAGUUAUCUGGUCCAUUUCCCUCUGCUGUUCUGGGCAUGACUGGUUUAACAUUCUUGGACUUGAGGUUCAACUUUUUCUCUGGGGCAGUGCCACCACAGAUAUUCAUACAGAACCUCCAAGUCCUUUUCAUAAACAACAACAUCUUCACUCAAGGGUUGCCUGAUAACUUAGCCACCACUCAGAUUCUCUUACUCACCUUAGCAAACAACAAGUUCAUGGGUCCUAUCCCAAGAAGUCUUCCCAAGGCUUUGGCCUCUCUAAGUGAAGUGUUACUACUUAACAACCAGUUAACAGGUUGUUUGCCUUACGAGAUUGGUUUUCUUCAAGAGUCCACAGUGUUUGAUGCUGGGAACAACCAAUUGACAGGCCCUUUGCCUUUAUCUUUGAGCUGUCUUCAGAAGGUGGAGGUGCUCAAUUUGGGUGGUAAUCUUUUGUAUGGCAUGGUGCCAGAAGUGGUGUGUGCAGGGUUGGUGAAUUUGGUCAACUUUUCAUUAUCAGAUAACUAUUUCACACAUGUGGGGCCAUUCUGUAGGAUGCUGAUUCAGAGAGGGGUUCUUGAUGUUAGCAACAAUUGUAUUCCUGAUCUUCCCUUUCAGAGAUCAGUGUUUGAGUGUGCUGAGUUCUUUGCAACACCAAGGAUGUGUCCCUUCAUCUGGCUUUAUAGCCUCAUCCCUUGUAAGCUUCCUUUUCAAAAUCCCAUUCCUUAGAUGCUUAAGGCAUUUGGGUUGCAAUUCUUAUUUUGUAACUCAACUUUGUGAUGCUCCAUCCAUGUUCAAAUAAUUUCUGCAUUUCUGCAUUUGAAGGCUAUCAAUCAAUUUGGUAUCUAACAUCA